AUGACAUCGGACUCCAGCUCGAGUGGAUCUUGCAAAGAUGACACUAGAUCAAGUGCUCAUAGUACAUCCAGGGUUUCGGAAUACGAGCUGUCCUCAAGAGGCGAAGAUGAUUCUCGUCAAACCAAAGAUAUGGGCCUGCCCGAUGUGGCAAUAAGAGAACAGAAGGCAGUUGGCAUUCUCAAAGGUCUUGUCUGUUUUAUGCUUAUUGUCACUGUGGCUGCCGUCGGGACUGGAGUGUACUUGUUCGCAGAAAAAGAUGAACAGAACAUUUUUGAAAGUACAUUCCGCGGUACAUCUUCCGAAUUGCUUACGGUGGCCCUUGAAAGAGCAGAUAGAGUGUUCGAAGUGGUAGACAAUUUGGCGAUUACUGCUACAUCUGCUGCUGCUGCCAAUCAAAACACCAGUUGGCCGUUCACCAUCAUCCCUGAUUGGGCAGCAAAGGCAGAAAACCUUGAGAAGCUAGUUGGAAUCGACGAUCCUAUCAUCACUGUCAUUCAUGUCGUGGAAGAUGCCCAAAGAGAAAAGUGGACCGAGUUUAUGGGUGCACAGUUGCCACUACUUUUUGCUGAUGCCGAGAAACGCGGAAACCUCGAAAAGUCGACCCAAGAGAUGCUGGAGCGUACAAUGCCGUUCCCUCAUUACUAUGGCAACUUGACCACCGACAAGAUCGAGGAGAUCGUUGUACCAGCUUCUGGAGAACGACCUUCUUUGAUUGCCGCAGAGAUGACUCCAUAUGAACUCAACCCUAUUGGGUUAACGUAUAUCAACUACGACCUUCAGCGACAAGAUGAAAUGAGAAACUUGUUUUCAAUUGUGAAUGCCACAAGACGUCCAGCAAUCAGCUUGGUUGAAAUUGUUGAUCCGUCCGGUGGCGAUGUUGUUGUCGAAUCACAAAUCAUGCAGCCGAUUUACGAGACUAAUGAACCCAAUGCUAAUGAAGGCAAAGUCGUUGGAAUUUCCUUUGUGAUGAUUCGUUGGACACAAUUUAUCGAGAGUCUUCUUCUUAUCAACGAUUAUUCUGAUAUCUACCUCGUUCUCGAAAGCAGUUGCCGUUCCGGAACAGAAGCGGAUGCAAAUGACAUGACAUUCAGAAUUGAUGGAGAUGGCAAUGUCGAAAAAUUGCCAAAUGGCCAGACUCAUGAUUCGGGAUACAACUAUUUGAAACAAUCACGGGAUCUCGUUGAUCUUGGCAUCGACCCCUCCAAGAUCCCAGAUGGACUUUGUGUGCCUAAGUUGACAUUGAAUGUAUACCCUUCGGCAGAGUUGGAAGAACGUUUCCAGACAUCGAAAUCACUUUUUGCGACACUGGCUGUCGUGGUGAUCUUUGUCAUUACAAGUCUUACCUUCCUCUUGUAUGAUUACUGCGUCGGCCAGCGGCAGAGAAAAGUAAUGGAACGGAUUCAAGCACAAGAAAACAUUGUAUCCAAUGUGUUCCCGUCUGCCAUUCGCGAUCGAUUGUAUGCUCAAGAUAGACAGACCAAGAAUAAGGAUGAGAUUGGAGGAGCUGCGCCUUUGGCUGAUCUUUUCCCUUCGACGACUGUUAUUUUUGCUGAUAUCGUCGGUUUUACAGCAUGGGCGUCCGCUCGUGAACCUGACCAAGUGUUCAUUUUGCUUGAGAGCCUUUAUUCUCAAUUUGACAAGAUUGCCUAUCAACAGAAUGUCUUCAAAGUUGAGACCGUAGGCGAUUGCUACGUAGCAGUUGCCGGUUUACCGGAGCCCAAUGAAGCACACGCUGUGGCAGCAUGCAAGUUCGCUCGUCAUUGCGUAGUCAAGAUGAAUGAGAUGACAGCAAAAUUGGAGGUUACCCUCGGUCCCGAUACUGCCGACUUGCAAUUGAGGGUCGGAAUCCAUAGUGGCCAAGUUACAGCUGGUGUAUUGAGAGGUGAACGCAGCCGCUUUCAGCUAUUUGGUGACACUAUGAACACAGCCGCUCGAAUGGAGAGCAGUGGGGAACCGAACAAGAUCCAGCUAUCCCAGACGACAGCAGACUUGCUGACUGGUGGACUGAAACAAUUGAUCAUGCCGAGAAGCAAGAAGGUAGCCGUGAAAGGGAAAGGCGAAAUGCAAACAUACUGGCUGAACUUCGGGAAGGCCAAAAAAUCGAAGAGCAUAGGAGCAGGGCAGACACUUCGCAUGUUGGACGAGACCGUUGCCACUGAUAGUAGCAACUCCAUUCAUACAGAAGACGAUUCAUUUGAUGUCGGCACGGGUGAGAUGACAAAGCAAGACCGCCUUGUGGAAUGGAAUGUCGAGGUACUUGGAACACUUCUUCAGCAGAUCAUUGCCUCUCGAAGCUCGAAAUCUAGAAGUCCACUUGCAGCGAACGAGCUUGCUGAACAGCCUUCUGGGGCAACUGUACUGGAUGAGUUUAUCCCAAUCAUUCCAUUGAAGCGAUUCGGUGCCGAUGAUCUUGCUCGUCGUCGCGAUGUCGACUCCGUUGAUAUUGGUGACAAAGCAAAAAACCAACUUAGAAGCUACCUCACCAACAUUGCGAUGAUGUACCAAGACAACCCGUUCCACAACUUUGAGCAUGCCAGUCAUGUAACCGCAUCGGUCAAGAAGCUGCUUAAACGCAUUGUCAAGGUCGAUGAAGGAAACGGAUUGCUAGGUGCAUCUGAGAAUGUGGAUCUUGUUGACCUUGCUGGGCACUCCUAUGGGAUCACUUCUGACCCUUUGACGCAAUUUGCAGUUGUUUUCUCAGCAGUCAUUCAUGAUGUCGACCACCCGGGGGUUCCCAACUCGCAACUUGUCAAGGAGAACACAAGGAAUGCCCAAAUCUAUAAGAAAUCCAUUGCUGAGCAAAACAGCGUUGAUCUAGCAUGGGAAAUGUUGAUGGCGAAAGAAUAUAAUGAGCUGAGAGCUUGUAUAUACAAUACUGAGGAAGAUCGAAAGAGAUUCCGUCAGCUUGUUGUCAAUACGGUCCUUGCAACCGAUAUUGUUGACAAGGAACUUCAAGCCCUUCGCAAGGCCCGCUGGGAAACGGCAUUCUCUCAGUCAGCAACAGACGAAAGUAGCGUUGAAAGCGAUGAUCGCAAAGCCACCAUCGUCAUUGAGCACUUGAUUCAAGCUUCCGAUGUUUCUCACACAAUGCAGCAUUGGCACAUUUAUAAGAGUUGGAAUGAGAAGUUUUUCAUGGAGUGUUACGGAGCGUUCAAGGCUGGUCGAGCUGAUGUAGAUCCAAGCAUCAAUUGGUAUAAGGGCGAGGUCGGUUUCUUUGAAUUUUACGUCAUUCCUCUGGCAAAGAAGUUGGAUAACUGUGGUGUGUUUGGGGUUUCAUCUCACGAGUAUCUCAACUAUGCGACUGCAAAUCGCGAUGAAUGGGUUCGCGAAGGCGAGAGCAUUGUUCAGCAGUUCCUUGAAAAAUAUGAAGGGAGCAACUCAUCUUGA